AUGGGGCUGUGCGGGGCCACCCUGGCCCUGGGGCCCGGCCAGCUGCUCCUGCUCCUGACCUUCAAGGCCCUGGCGGCCCAGACGGCCGACACCUGCCCAGGAAGGCUGGGGCUGGAGGCCGACAAGCUCACCGUCCUCCGGGGCUGCCCAGGGCUGCCCGGGGCCCAGGGGCCCAAGGGAGAGGCAGGCGCUGAUGGCAGGAACGGAGACCCAGGCCCAUCCGGAGUCCCUGGGAAGGCGGGACCCCCCGGGCCCAAAGGUAACUCACCAAAGAGCAUGGAGAGCCCGGGCAGGACUCCCCACCCCCGGGGUCAGGGAGAGAGGAGGGGCAUGUCCCGGGUGUCACAGGGGCCCCAGGAGGGGGGACAGCGAGUCCUCUGGCUGACGGGGUCUGGCAUGAGCCUGUCCUGCCCUCGCUGCUACUCCGCCUCCCGGGAGCACAGCCAGGGCCUCCCCAGGGGACAGGCUGGGCCUGGCUGGGGGACCAGCCUCCUAUGGAAGCAUCUAGAAAGGGCCUCCAUCUCCGCCUGGUGCGGAGGGACCAGGGUGGCCGUCCCACCUCUCACGGGUGUUUCCUCUCCCCCAGGAGCGUCAUGGGAAGCUGAGCGAUGUGACACAGGACCUCGGAGCUGCAGGGAGAUGCGCACCAGGGGCCACACCCUGAGCGGCUGGCACACCAUCUACCUGCCCGACUGCCAGCCGCUGACCGUGCUGUGCGACAUGGACACAGACGGCGGGGGCUGGACCGUGAUCCAGCGCAGGGUGGACGGCUCCGUGGACUUCUACCGGGACUGGGCCGCCUACAAGCAGGGCUUCGGCAGCCAGCUGGGCGAGUUCUGGCUGGGCAACGACCACAUCCACGCCCUGACCGCCCAGGGCACCAACGAGCUCCGUGUGGACCUGGUGGACUUCCAGGACACCCGCCACUUUGCCAAGUACCAGUCGUUCAGGGUGGGGAGCGAGGCUGAGAAGUACCAGCUGAUCCUGGGCGCCUUUGUCGGGGGCAAUGCCGGCGACUCCCUGACGGCCCACAACAGCUCCCUGUUCUCCACCAAGGACCAGGACAACGACGGGCACACGGGGAGCUGCGCCCAGGUCUACCAGGGCGCCUGGUGGUACUACAACUGCCACGUGUCCAACCUGAACGGGCGCUACCUCGGGGGCCCCCACGAGAGCUACGCGAAGGGCAUCAACUGGAAGUCGGGGAAGGGCCACAACUACAGCUACAAGGUGGCCGAGAUGAAGGUGCGGCCCGCCUAGUGAGGCCAGCACCUGCAGAGCCUCACCCCGCUCCCCGCUCCCACGCCCCUGUGCC